AUGUGCUCAAUGUGUUUCUGCCCGACAUGUCCACCUAUAUUACCCUGCGGGACGGGUCCUUGUACAUUUUCUUGUCCACCACCAGCGCCUUGCUGCCAAGCUUGCUGCCCUCCUCCUGUACCCUGCACCCCAUGUCCACCCUGUAUUUGUAAACCAAACUUUAGACCACCACCGGCUCCUGUUUUGCCUGAUUAUGUACCACCUAUCGUUCCUAUAUUUCCUUGUUGCAAGCCCCGCAGAGCGCCACCUUGCGACCCACCUCCAUAUCCUCCACCAAAGCCUGUGUGUUGUCCACCGGUUUUGCCAUGUUGCCCUCCCCCAGAACCCUGUGAUCCCCCACCAGUCUGUCCAUGCGUUGAACCCAUAAAUUGCUAUCAGCCAGUAUUGCCUUGCUGUAACCCUCAAUGUCCACCACCAAUUCUUCCCAAACAACGUCCUAUAUGUCCAAGAGCACCACCACCACCGUACCCUUGCUUACCUGUGUGCCGAAGCUGCUGCCCAGAUUGUGAACUAGACCCAGUUACACGACGCAGACCAUUGAUUGUUCACGACAGUGUUUUCGCCACUAGACCCUCAGCUUUUCCCAAGGAUUGCUUCAAUAGGCGCAAUCAAAAUGUCCGCUAUACAGUUUGCAAUUAUUUUAAACAGGUACGUUGCAUUAAAAAUAUUCGUUGUUUUAUACAAUAAUGUUUUGUUAAUAAUAAUUUACUUUCAGAGUCCUACACCCAAUCCAUGUUACCAUGUUCCUGUUCCAUUGAGGUAGCACAAUGUCAGUGCAAGGAGUAAUUCUUAGUGGAUAUUACGUUUAUAUGAAGAUGAUACAUGUAUUUUUUAUUCAAUUUAAUGUGUUUGUAAACAAUCUAAUAUUUCGUAUUAAAUCAUUUGUUCUUAUGAC